AAUCCCCGAUUUACUACGUGUUGUAACAGAAUUGUGCGUUUCAAGAGGUGAAAACGCGAAAUAUGACAACACAUUAAAUCAGUCUGUAACUUUUAGACUUUAAUUAGACAAUAGUGCUACUUUAAACGAUUCAAUAUCUGAUCCUAUUGUACAUGUUUAUAAUAACUUUAAACAUUUCCCUUUAAGUUUAAGAACCAACAUUUCUAACUCCUUAAGUACUGCUUCUAACUUGGUACUCAUAUUUUGAUUUUAACGUUCUGAGCACUGUCCCACUAAAUCCUGGUUACAUUUCACUGUUGUCCUGUUCAUCUGGGGCCGUGUUCAUUUUAACAUUUCCUCGCUGGCAGUUCAUAUCUUAUGGUGAAAUGUUUUAUCCAAAACCAAAACCGAGGUCCCCUCUCAACUCUUUUACUAAUGUGUAGAAUAAAACAAUUCAGCCAGGUAAGAAAUAAUUCUUUUCCUGAAUUAUAUGAACGAAAUUACUUUUAGCUUUAAUGUUGGCAAAAAGCAUUUCCAACUAUUGGCAGUCCUGCAUAUUUGAUUUAUUUCGUGAUAUUCAUAGAUAACAAGAGUAGGUGGCUUCGUUACUUAUCGAUAUGGGGCUUGGUGAUACAUUCUGUCUUUAACCGAUGUUUCCGGUCUGCAGUUGAAAUGUCUAAGUUGUGAAGGAUUGUCUUUCCACUUUUUUGCUGAAAACUCAAAAAUUCAAGGUUACUCCUGCCAACGUAAUAUCAAGCAGAAUGAUAAGUGGAUUUCAAUUCUGAUUUUUUAAACUUAUAGAUACUGUGUAGACGGUCACUGAUGACCAUGGUAGCUUGAUGAACAAUGAAAUUGGAUAGCUGGGAACAAAUCCCAGUGAGCUCAUUUCAGUUUUGUGUUAUCAACGUGUCCAAACACCUCUAGAGCCAAACCAAGUCUUUUGUCCAAAGAAAGUAAAGAGAUGGCUCAUUUCUGAGUUCACGUGCCAUGUAGUUUGAUUGAAGUUUACUGACAUUUCAGAGUUACUUGUUGCCUCAAAUCAUGAUGGCUAUAAGUCACUCUGAUGAAGACAGCAAGUACAUCUGAAAUGCUGGUAAACUUCUACCAGAUUACACAGUUUCACAACCCAGAAAACAGCCGUCCUCACACCCGCUGUCAUGAGUACUUCAAGUAUUACCUAAAGGAAGAAAGGUUGCAAAUGUGACCACUUGCCUUGUUUAUGUGGAGCUCAUCAUUUAAUUUCGCGCUAAAUAUUUUGGUUCAUCCUUGUGGAGAGACUUGCACUUUGUUGCUUAGGCAAGGCAGAAUUUGUAACCCAGAAAGCUGCCCUCUUGAGAAGUGUAUGUUCAGGCCAUGAGGUUACCAUGAUAAUAAGACUAUAAUUUAUUAUUUAUCCAGUGAAACCCUCUGAUGGGCACGAUCUGUUUCAUAGCAAAUGUCAGAGGUGUGACGAGUGAGCUGGGCCAAUUGAAGAUGCUUGUGUCAUUUUCUUUGCAUUAAGGAGAAAAAUACAACUUCAGUGAUUGUGACAUAUACCCACUAAAAAUUAGUGUGACCAUCGGUUUCCACUGCCCACCUGUAAUUAAUAAUGCCCUCUCCCUAAUUUUAAAAUUUCUUUACUUAAUGUAACAGUUAAGUGGUUAUCACUAUGUUCUGAAAUCAGCUGGACCCUAUUUUUAUUCACGUGCCUGGUAUCUAGGCAAAUGCGCGGUGUUUUUUCCAUUCCUAAUUACUACAUUCAAUGCGUUUAUAUAGCUGGAGUCAGAUGUCUCUUGUUUCAUUUUGGCUAAUUGGGCUCGAACCUCAUUUCUCACGUAAAAUGGUAUUGGCCUACUGGUGCCCACAAAGAGAUCAGGGUUUUUGACCUAAAAGUGGUACUGCAUCAAAUUGCAAUUACCCGGCCUUUUCAUGAAGAAUCCCUUAUAUUGUAUGUGCAUAUCAAAUAAUCGAUCUUUCAGGCUACUUCGCCAUGAACUGGCCUCCCUUGCUUUCGCAUGCAGUUCAAUUCGAACUGGUAUCAUUGUCCGGGGUCGCCGAGCCUCCACCCACAUAGCUGCUGCACGCAAUAUUCACUGAAUCCAUCCACUAGGUUGUGUUGUAAUUAGUGCAUAUACAUAAGAUACUUUUGUGCAAUUUUACCUGACUGUUAUGCCUAAUUGUAUUCUAUAAACUCUCGCUGUGUAAACGUAUCAUAAGAGUACGUUGCAAGUUUCGUAAAGAUAACAUCCCACUUGAUUUAUUCAAUAUAACUUGAACUGUUGAAGAAAACAUCAAGAUGACUGUGACUUAUACCGGCGAAGUAGCUACGUGCAGAGGAUUUGGAUGUUUCUUGAAAUUACUUUUUCGAUGGCGAGGCAGUAUCUACAAGCUGGUGUGGCCAGACCUUGCCAUGUUUCUGCUCCUUUACUACACCUUUAACUUCGUCUACAGGUUCUUCCUGGAUUCAGACCAAAAGAAGGUGUUUGAGGACUUGGUGAUGUACUGUGAAAGCUACAGUGAUCUUAUUCCAUUAUCCUUUGUUCUUGGUUUUUAUGUCUCAAUUGUGAUGCAAAGGUGGUGGAAUCAGUAUGUCAGUAUCCCAUGGCCAGAUACUAUAGCUGUGUUUGUCAGCUCCAAUAUACACGGGCAGGAUGAGCGAGGGCGUGUGAUGCGUCGGACAAUCAUGCGAUAUGUGUGCCUUUGUUUAACCAUGAUAUUCACCAUGAUCAGUCCAAGAGUUAAGAAACGUUUUCCAACACUGGACCACUUUGUUGAAGCUGGUCUUCUUACAGACAAUGAGAAGUCCAUAAUGAAUGACUUAAACAAUAAAUUCCCAAGGCAUUCUAAACAGUGGCUGCCCAUUGUGUGGGCUGCCAGCAUAGUGACGAGAGCCAGAAAGGAAGGCAGGAUACGAGAUGACUUUGCAGUGAAGACUAUCAUCGACGAACUGAACAAGUUUCGUGGACAGUGCGGCCUUUUGCUAAGCUAUGACUCCAUCAGCGUGCCCCUGGUGUAUACUCAGGUGGUGACAUUAGCUGUUUACUCAUAUUUUAUAACAUGCAUCAUGGGGCGACAGUGGGUAGAAGAAAUAGAUGAAAAUCUGCAGAAACAAAGGAACUCCAUUGAUUUGUACUUCCCUAUCUUCACAACAUUACAGUUCUUCUUCUACAUCGGAUGGCUCAAAGUGGCAGAGAGUUUAAUUAAUCCAUUUGGAGAAGAUGAUGAUGAUUUUGAAGUAAACUGGCUGGUAGACAGGAACCUACAGGUUUCUUAUCUGAUUGUAGAUGAAAUGCAUCAUGAACACCCAGAACUGAUCAAAGACCACUAUUGGGAUGAAGUGUUUCCUGCUCAGUUGCCAUACACAGUUGCAUCUGAGCAGUUCCGGGAAGAACAUCCCCAACCUUCAACUGCCAACAUCGAGGUGCCCAACUCAGCAGCUGAAUAUUCUGUACUUUUAUCAAUCAGGAUUGAUGAUAUUGGUGAUCAUGCUAGUGGAAUCCAGUUCUCAGCUGGCCCAAAAAGAAGAAGUAUAAGUCGUGUGAACACACGAGAACGCAUGACACCUGCUGGUUCAGCUACUAGUAUGAAUACAGGAAGCCAGGCCAGCUCACUGCACCGUUCGGGUUCAGUACCGUCUGUUAUCCGGCAACUCUUUUCCAGGGAAGGGUCUACUGGAACAAUCGCUGCAACUCAAACACCUGUCACUGUAGAUGGAGCUGUGGCCAGCUCAUGGUUUGUUCUGACUGAUUGUGUGCUGCAUGACUAAUGAGAAUAAAUAAAUGCUAUUUCUAGGCAAUGAAUGAAACCUAGUUGUAAAAUUGAUAAUCAUACAUAACUUGAGUAAACGAUUUUGUCUCAUGAUGCUGAUCUCCGUGUUAAUGUUAAUUAUUAAUUGUUAUGUUAUGUAGAACAGUUGUGAUAAAACAGGUUCGUAUUAAUAAGAGUGUGGCAAUUUGUUCGAGAUUAGUGUUUUAAUAUAUAUAUUUAUUU